AUGGCCGAAGAACCCAAGUCCUUUGCUCGCAAACGCCGACGUCCGGCCAAGAGCUGCGAGCCAUGUCGCUCUCCUUCCAUCAUUCCCAAGGUUGAUCUGGUUCGUGACAUUUCCGAGGAUUUGCUGGCCGUCCAUAACGAAGGCCAGCCUGGCUCUCAAGACCCUGGGUCACCAUUGCGAAGCCCAGAGGAAUGUUCCAGAGAUCUUAGAGCUCGAAUCAGGUCCCUAGAGAACAUUGCGCGCCCCGAGGGAAGCAGCAAUGAUCAAGGCAGCCCCGGUCAAGCGAUACGGGACCUCGAGGAGAGAGUCUCAAGGGUUGAGCAACAACUAUCCGUGUCGAAGCGUGACCAGGCGAGGAUCAGCCAUACCGGACUACAGGUCACAUUGCCUCGUCCACAUCUUCGGGCUGAAAAGGAGAAGACUAGGCUUUUCGGUCAAACUCAUUGGGUUCACUCGCUCGAACAGUUCCACCUGCUCGCCAGAAUGCAGGCGAAGACAUCUGCUGCGUUCGACGGCCAACAGAACGGAAUUUCUUCAAGCAUCAAGGAGGGAGCUAGUGCUCGACAAUUGGCUCAAAACCGUGGCACUGGGAGACUGCAAGAGCUUAUGCCUGGUCUGCCUGACACCAUCCCUCCGAGAAGCGUCUGUGACGAGGCGGUCAAUGCCUACCUGCACACAUUUGAGCCCAUGUUCCGUAUCUUACAUAUCCCGUCAUUUCUGCACGAGUACGAUGAGCAUUGGUCUCACUCCGACAGUCCUCAGUCAAUUUUCCUCAUGAAACUUCUCAUGGUUCUCACAAUCGGAGCAAUCUUCCUUCCGGACCGAACCAUCUCCAAUCAAAUACGCCGUGCCGCUCGAGAGUGGUCCUACGUCGUCCAGUGGUGGCUCGUUGGACCUACUGAGCGUGAAGCAAUGUGCCUCGACGGCGUACAGGUCUUCUGCCUUCUCAUACUGGCACGUCAGACGACUUCUUUAGGGGGGUCGUCAUCGAUUGCUACUGAAGCUCUUCUCAAACUGUGCUUUACCAUAGGCCUCCAUCUCGAGCCCAGGACAAUUGGUUCCAGGACAGUCUUUCAGUCAGAGAUGCGCCGUCGUCUCUGGAUAACAGUCCUCGAACUGACGACCAUUACGUCUAUGAACUCAACGCUUCCACUUCUUAUCUCCUUAGAUGACUAUCAAUGCGAACAGCCGUCAAACACAUCGGACACUGGCCUGAAGGAAGGUGAUCCAUAUGCUGCCCUCGAGGUUUCGGAGCUGCAGAACUUGGACUGUUCACUGCAGCUUCUCCUGGCCAAGUCGCUCAGACUCCGAAUGCAGAUCACUCGUGAGUUGAAUACCUUCCGUCGAGAGUUCUCCUACCAAAAGGCACUGGACUACGGCAAUGCUUUGAAGGCACAAUGUCGCGAAAUUGCGGAAUUCUUCCAGGCAAGAAGCUGCGAUAAUGACGACUGGCAUCCGGCGCUCGGCUUUCAUCACAAGUUCUUCGACUCGUACUUGAGGCGGAUCAUCCUAGUCCUUCACCGACCAUUUGCCAUGAAGGCUCGAAAUGACCCUCAAUUCUUCUUCGCCAGGAAGGCUUGUCUUGAAUCGUGUACCAUCAUUUCCUCUCAUGCCAAAGGGAUGAAUUUCCCAAGUGGAGAGGUUGAUGACUUCUCAUACUUGUGUAUGAGUGGCACUGGGCUGUUCAAAGGCUUCUUAGGACAGGAUAUCCUCUGUGCCCUCGCUUUUGAGGUCACCGUGCUACUGGAAGAAGAAGGAAGCGGAGAAAGAAUGACUUUGUCUACCUCGGCUACUUACGAUCCACUCAUAUCGCUUUCACGAGCCAGCAGAGAACCAUUGAUGAAGACUCUGGAUCAUAUUCGGGAGCAGUGGCGGCAAAUCAUCUGCUUGGGACGCCCGAGUCUCAAACAAUACCUGUUCUUAUCAACCAUUCUUAGCCAAAUCAGGGCGACAGAGGCGGGCCAAGACCCCAAAGAAGCCAUCAUCCAGACUGUGAAGACUACUCUUGCAGAGUGCCUUGCAAUGCUUCAGGAGUCGGGGGUCUACACUAAUACAGCAUCUUCGUCAUCACUAGCUGGUUGGACAGAUGGCACGAGCCCUUUUGAUGUGGACAUGUCAGGCCUUUUUGGCUUCGAUUUACAUUCACUUGAUCCUACUUUGACUCUGGACAUCCCGGACUGGCUUGACGACCCCAACAUGGCUCCCAGCAUGGCGACAUGA